AUAUAUACAAAAAACUAGUAAAACUAGUAGCUGUAAUAAAUCGGGAAUAUCUGGAUCUUGGCACUGGAAGAAUGUGGUUUUAUGGAUAUUUUCUCACAGUUUUGAUCAUCCUGAAGCAGCAUUUUAGUGCUGGUGAGCCCUCCGUUGCUCCAGCUCCUGUCCUCACCCAGACGGGCACCAGAGGCUCAUCCGUGGAGCUGUUGUGUCGGACUCCAGAAGGUCAUGCCGGACUGGAGUUUAAACUUUUCAAAUUGCGACAGCUGAUAGAAACCAUAAAGCAUUCAACCAAAGAACGAGAGGCUCACUUUACUCUUUCACUUGGGGGAAACUUUAAAAAGGAGGAGAAUCAUUAUUGCUGUCAGUAUGAAAAUAGCAUGUAUAGUAUGUACAUGCAACCUAACCUCGAAGCUGUAGAUGCCAGUCCUCCUCCAUCGCCCCACCUGGUGGUGGAGCCCUCUGGUGGGCAUGUUGUGCCUGGUCAGACGUUAUCAUUUCACUGUCAAGCUCCAGAUGACCCUCAGUCUCCAAAGGCUUUCCUUCUGCUCCGGAGAGCCAAAGGAGGCCCAGGCUCGCUGAUCGCCCCAGCAAAACUGGUGUCUCAGUCCCAGGAAUCUCGUUUCAGUGUGAAGACCGAGGGACAGGAGGAUGGUGGAGAGUAUGUCUGUCUUUAUCAACUCAAAGUCCCGAAGACUGUUAACUCCACAGCCAGCCAGCCUGUGCACAUCACUGUCAUAGAGCUCCCAGUACCCUCAUUGGCCUUAUCCCAACACGAUGAUAAGGUACUGGAGUGUGUUGGGUCACCUGCAUAUCCAAACGCCUUCUUCUCUUUAUUCCGCGUGGGUGUUUUAUCACCUCAGGCUAACCAUCAGGGCUCGCUGUACCAGCACAGUGCUAAAUUUCCCAUACCAGCACGUUAUGAACAUGGCAUGCAAUAUCAGUGUCAGUACAGCGUGUCACUGGCCAACACACAAGCAUACUCCAAAAUGAGCACACCACUAUCUGUGCCAUGCAUUACAGGAUAUCACGAAUGCUCUCAAGCCUCUACAGGCAACACAGAUCUGGCUCUGAUAGUUGGCUCAGUGUCUGCGGGUGUUUUGUUCCUCAUGGUCGUGUCACUCCUGGGCUUUGCUGUACACAGACACAUCAAAAACACCACAGAGAGAAGGAGACAAAGAGAACAGGAAAAGUUCUGGCAACAUGUUCACUCCAAAGAUCAUAUUGUUGACCUCACUCUGCAGCGUGUUGACUUUGGAUCUGAGGACACAGAACGACGGACACUUCGAGAAAAAAACACAGUUUCAGAGCCCAUCUAUGACUAUCCUAUGAGCACCUUCAAGAACCCCUCAUUUCUCUAAUGUCUAUCUAUCUAUCUAUCUAUCUAUCUAUCUAUCUAUCUAUCUAUCUAUCUAUCUAUCUAUCUAUCU